AUGGACUCUCCGGCAGAGACGCUGGGUGCGAAAUUCAGGCAGCGAGUCUCCAAGGCUUGCGACCAUUGUCGCAAACGCAAGAUUAAAUGCGGAGCCGUGAACAUGGCCACUGGAGCCUGCGAAAACUGUGCGAAAUUCCAGGUUGAGUGUACUUUCAAUCAUCACAAUGGGCUGGAGCAGCAGCGCCAGCGACUACUCGAAGAAGGCGCCAAUGUAGAUGGUUCGCGUGGCGUGGGAGCGGGUAUCAAAAAGGCCAAGAAGACCCACGACCAGGCGACGGUUAAAAAUCACAAGCUUCACUCGCCCCUGCCAGACUUGGCGAUGACGGAGUCGCCCACGGCCCCUCCCGAAUACCUGGAAAGAAGAUUGCUGGCGUUGGAAAACCAGAUCGGCACGCUCAUUAAGCUGAUAUCGAGACAGUCUUCCGCACAGUCCUCAUCGCCAAGUGGUCUACAAGGUAGCCCAUCUUCGAUAACGCAUCACCAGAGCCUAAACAUCCCAGCUUUGCCGGACGUUUCGCCGCGCCCUAAACAGAGACGGUACACGUCGUCGUUGCUGACCAAGCGUCGCAUCGCUUGGCUUCGACAGCGUGCGUAUCUCUGCCAAGGCUCGCGAGUCAAUGACACCAAUAAUGGGAUGGAGCCCAUAACAUUCUCACCGCUCAUGGAGGUCUUUGUCACGUCCUCCAAGUGGUACGUCGCAGAAGUGAAGAAGAUCAUCGAUUUUUCCACCCCAUUUGUUCCUAUGCACACUGCGCAGUUAUACCCGCUUCCUCCACAAGCUGAAAUUAGGGAACUUUCGGAAAAUUUCCUUUCUACAAUAUUCACUGGUGGCUAUGCUAUAAUCAGCGGCCAAGAGCUCAUUGCCCUGUUCGAACGCUACUACGCGGGCGAUAAACUGUCAUAUUCCGAACUUUUACUCAUCGACAUCAGUCUGUGCAUCUCCACGGCUUACGAUUUCAAAACUUCCGAAUGCUAUUUCUUAAAAGAAGGAAGUCCAGAAUUGGACUCCCGCGAAAGUUGCAUGCUUUUGAACAGCAUGUAUCAAUAUCACAAAGUUGCCCUUCUUAGCGAGGGCCUGAAAUCCGUGCAGGCCCUUAUCCUGCUCUACCAAUACGUGCAUACUAAGGUCAGCGCCAAUAUCGCCUAUAACAUCUUUUGUGUGGCUCAAAAAUUUGCCCAAGACAUUGGGCUGCAUAGAAGAGAAACAUACCAGGGUCUAAAUUUCCAGGAAGCUUCUCAACGGCUCAAGAUCUGGAUUCACUGUAUCUCUAUUGAUGCUCAACUAUCGUUGGCUUUCUCUCGACGGCCCAUGAUUAAUAUUGAUGAAACUGAGAUAUUCACAGAGGAGUUCUAUGCGGACUUCAUCAAAACUCAUGACCUUUCGAGCCCAACUUUCCAGCCCAAGUCGAAUUUCCACCCCAAAAGUGGCCUUGAUCGUUCGAUGUCGAUUUUGGCUGCGUCUCCAAACUCACUACUUGUGGGAGCUUCUUACUAUGCAAUGACUCUGGCCCGUAUUUCGCAUAAGUGCUACGAAUAUCUCUUCAAAGAGGAUGCCAUGGUUGGCACCACAUUUGAUGAAGUUUUAGAACGUAUUUUGUCCUUAAUUUCUGACCUAAGAGAAUGGGAAAGGGCUCUUCCUGGCGAAUUUUCUUUAGACCAUUACCGGGAUCACAUUGACCAAUUUAACACUCAGUCAAACGUUCACAUAUCUGAAAUAGACCGAGGUCAUUUGUCCACGAGUGUAUUAUACCUUCACUUCGAACACGCGCUCUUACUGAUUAUCGUGUCGCAAAUGGCUUGCUCCUUCAUCCACGAUAACGAAGAUAUUAAUUCGCAGUCUCGUUUUAACGUCGGUCUCAUAAGGGCAAAUGCCAGGCAAGAUAUUAAACAAGAGGGCUUAAAGAUCAUUACCCUAUACCCCCGUAUCAAAGUUGUGCCAUAUAUGCUGCAUCGAGUGUUUUACAUAUUUUGCGUGGGCGCUUAUAUUCUACUGUUUUCAAUCAUCGGAUUUUUGGAAGAAGAAACUGGGGAAAGCUUGAUGGCAAUUGUAGAGGUGUAUGACUACUUACUGGAAGCAGGAGACAUCAAAAUUUUGAAAGACAGUAUUAAAUGGAACGUUUCAAUGUUUAUUCUCACUUUUCUGCUUACUCUGGCCAUUAAAUGCUUCACGAACUACAAUCCUAAUGCUUCUAAAUUCAACUUGAAUGCUGCUGUUGUUAGCGAUAAGUUCGGAUUUUGGAUGGCUCGAUGUGAAUCCAACAAGACCACGGCAGUCAAUCAACUGAAGGAACAUUUGAACGUUUUUGCUCCUUGUGCAGAUCUUCCUGCUGAUGAACCGGGAGUUAAUGGCUCUUCGUCUACCAAUGCAGAAGGCGCAGACAGUGUCCUCCCGAGAGCUUUCCAUCUCUUUAGUGAGGUAGAUACAAAUGAUCUGAAUUUAUUAUUGUCAACUCUUCCUAUUCAAGUUAUGCCAUUUGACAGCUCAGACCUAAACGAUGGGCUAAAAAAUCUCGACGAUGACAGAGCACCUAUGAACAUUGAUCAAUCUGCUCCCAGCGUGGGUCUUAAUGUAAUUGGCCCUCCGGGCGGAAGUUUUGGGACAGAUUUCUCUACUUUUGAAAAUUCUUUCCUUGCUCCCACACAAGCAAGUGAUCAAAACGAACUAGAGCAAAUCUUGGACAAUAUGGUUUUUGAGAGAGACUUUAUUUUUCCUGCGAUGAUGUGA